GGGAGAGAGAGCAGAAAUCAGGCUGGGGUGCUGGGAGACGCGAGCAGGCUGCUUGUUAGCUGGGAGAUGAGGGUGAGGGUGAUGGACCAGAAUAAUUCCUUCAGGAAAAAAGACUAGAAUGCAGGAAGGGAAUCCCAGGUGGGGGUGAAUUCGGGGGGGAGGGUGUGAGAAAGAUCUUGAAGGGCCCACUCUGCUCUAGGACCCUAGAGAGAGCAGGUCCGCAGGGAUGGACGCGGAGGGCAUGGGCGAGAGGGUAGUUGCAAGAAAGAUCUGGCUCUUGUGCAGGGGCAUCUAGGCCAUCUGGACUCCCAGGCGGUCCUGGGGAGGCGUCCAGCCCUACAUGUGGCCACAUUCAUCAGGGGCCAGGCCUUGGGCCAGCGCUCUGCUAGGAAAGGACCCGGGAGUCAUGGCCUGGUGGUGUCUGGAUGGGCUUCCCCAAGGCCUUGCCGAGCCGUGGCGAGAACUCUGGAGGCUGGGCUCGGGGCCUCCGCACGGUGUGCCUCCUUCCUCCUCUCAGGCCAGGAGCAGCAGGGACAGGAGAAGGGGGAGCGUAGAAGGCUGGAGACAGCAUCUAGAGUCUUCACGUCACAUGGAGAUGUUUCAGCCCGCAGGUGUCUCUGGCUUGAUGCCCCCCUCCCACUUCCAAGCCCGGCCCCUUUCAACCGUGCCAAGGAUGGCUCCCACCUGGGCUUCAGACAUUCCCCUCGUCCAGCCCCAGGCCCAUCAGGAUGUGUCACAGAGGCGGAUGGACACCGACAGACACCAAGUGACCCUGUGGGAGCAGGAUGUGUCCGGUGACAGGCAGGAGCCGGGGCGGAGAGGCAGGUCCCUGGAACUGGCAGGGUCGCAGGCCCUGAGCCAGCAGGCCGAGCUCAUCUCUCGGCAGCUGCAGGACCUGCGGCGGCUGGAGGAGGAGGUGCGGACGCUGCGGGAGACCUCGCUGCAGCAGAAGAUGAGGCUGGAAGCGCAGGCCAUGGAGCUGGAGGCGCUGGCUCGGGCAGAGAAGGCCGGCCGGGCUGAGGCCGAGGGCCUGCGGGCCGCCUUGGCCGGGGCUGAGGUCGUCCGGAAGAACCUGGAAGAGGGAAGCCAGCGGGAGCUGGAGGAGGUUCAGAGGCUGCACCAAGAGCAGCUGUCCUCCCUGACCCAGGCUCACCAGGAGGCCCUUUCCAGCUUGACCAAGAAGGCCGAGGGCUUGGAGAAGUCUCUGUGUAGUCUGGAGGCCAGGAGGGUAGGGGAGGCCAAGGAGCUAGCUGGGACGCAGCGGGAAGCCAAGCUGCUUCGGGAACAGCUGAGCAAGACCCAGAAAGAUCUGGAGGCUCACGUGACUCUGGUUGAGAAUCUACGGAAAUACGUGGGGGAGCAAGUCCCUCCCGAGACCUGCAGCCAGGCCUGGGAGCCCGAGCGGCAGGAGCUUCUGGAAACCAUGCAGCACUUGCAGCAGGACCGGGACGGCCUGCACUCGACCGCCGAGCUGCUGCAGGUGCGCGUGCAAAGCCUCAUGCACAUCCUCACCCUGCAGGAGGCGGAGCUCACCAGGAAGGUUCAACCGUCGGAUUCUCUGGAGCCCGAGUUUGCUAAGAAGUGCCAGUCCCUGCUGAACCGCUGGCGGGAGAAGGUGUUUGACCUCAUGGUGCAGCUCAAGGCCCAGGAGCUGGAGCACAGGGACUCUGUGACGCAGCUGAAGGGACAGGUGGCUGAGCUCCAGGAACAAGUGACAGCCCAGUGCCAGGAGCAGGCCAUCCUGCAGCGCACCCUGCAGGACAGAGCCGCAGAGGUGGAGGUGGAGCGGUUGAGUGCCAAGAGCCUGAAGAUGGAGCUGAGCCGGGCUCAGGAGGCCAAGCAUCGGCGGCAGCAGCAGACAGCCUCGGCCGAGGAGCAGCUGAAGCUGGUGGUUGAUGCUAUCAGCAGCUCCCAGGUCUGCCUGCAGAGCACCAUGGCUAAGGUGGAGCAGGCAGUGGCCCGGCUGCCAAGCCUCAGUAACCGACUCAGCUACGCUGUCCGCAAGGUCCACACUGUCCGCAGCCUCAUGGCUCGAAAACUGGCCCUUGCGCAGCUGCACCUGGAGAGCUGCCCCCCGCCCCAGCCCCCGCCUCAGCUGAUGGAAGACGCGAGCCUUGAGCUGCAGCAGCUUCGGGAGGAACGCAACCGCCUGGACGCCGAGCUGCAGCUGAGUGCCCGUCUCAUCCAGCAGGAGGUGGGCCGCGCCCGGGAGCAAGGGGAGGCCGAGCGGCAGCAGCUGAGCGAGGUGGCCCAGCAGCUGGAGCAGGAGCUGCAGCGCACCCAGGAGUCGCUGGCCAGCGUCGGGCUGCAGCUGGAGGCCGCACGCCAGGGCCAGCAGGAGAGCACGGAGGAGGCGGCCAGCCUGCGGCAGGAGCUGACCCAGCAGCAGGAGAUCUACGGGCAAGCUCUGCAGGAGAAGGUGGCCGAGGUGGAGACCCGGCUGCGGGAACAGCUAACGGACACGGAGCGGAGGCUGAACGCGGCCCGGAGGGAGCACGCCAAGGCCGUGGUCUCCCUGCGCCAGAUCCAGCACAGAGCCACCCGGGAAAAGGAGCGGAACCAGGAGCUGCGGCGCCUGCAGGAUGAGGCUCGCAAGGAGGAGGGGCAGCGGCUGACGCAGCGCGUGCAGGAACUGGAGAGGGACAAGAACCUCAUGCUGGCCACCUUGCGGCAGGAGGGUCUCCUCUCCCAUUACAAGCAGCAGCGACUCUUGGCAGUUCUUCCUUCUCUACUGAACAAGGAGAAGUCAGCCGAGUGCCGGCUGCGGCCGUCGGGGUCCUCAGCGUCCACUCCUCCAGCCGCAACGUCGUCCUGCACCCGGCAAUCCAUAAAGGGGUCCAUCUCUGUGCUGCUAGAUAACCUGCAGUGCCUGAGCGAGGCCAUUACCAAGGAGGAGACCAUCUGUCAGGGAGACGAGCCCCAGCCCUCCAGGUCCAGUCUGCGUUGACCAGCUAAGCGGCCGGGGAGCGAGAGGAAGCCCGCCGGGGGCCCGGACCCCUGGGAGGUGGUGGGGGAGCCCAGCCCUCCUCCCCACCCAGCCACCCAAGCCCUCCGACCCCAGCUGCCGCCAAGUGUGAACUCCCCCUGCACUGAAUAAAGACGCCUACAGCAGA